GUCAGUCAUGACUUUUCGUGUUCAUGAACUGGUGCUCGUAUGCAUUCUAGUCCUCGUGAGCUCAGCGAGUCUUUGCAAGGCUGAGUAUGGUUCCUUUAAGCCAUCCGAUUAUGACACCAUCUUGCUCAACCGAAGCAGCUUCCCAGCUGGCUUCCUCUUCGGAACCGCGUCUGCCGCAUAUCAGUAUGAAGGAGCAGCUAAUGAAGAUGGCAGAGGGCCAAGCAUCUGGGAUUAUUUCACUCACAAGUAUCCAGGCAAAAUAGCCGAUGGUAGCAACGGGGAUGUGGCUAUUGAUUCGUACCACCGGUACAAGGAAGAUGUGGGGAUAAUGAAAGAAAUGGGCUUAGAUGCCUACAGAUUCUCAAUCUCGUGGUCUCGAAUUUUACCAAAGGGAAAGCUAGAGGGAGGCAUCAACAAGGAAGGAGUGCAGUACUACAACAACCUCAUCAAUGAGCUCCUUGCCCACGGCAUUCAACCUUUUGUGACACUAUUUCACUGGGACCUUCCCCAAGCCCUAGAUGAGGAGUACGGUGGUUUCUUGAGUUCCCAUGUUGUGGAUGAUUUUCGGGACUAUGUGGAGGUGUGCUUCAAGGAAUUUGGGGAUAGAGUCAAACAUUGGAUAACUCUAAACGAGCCAUGGUCAUAUGCUGUUAGUGGGUAUGCCAACGGACAGUUGGCACCGGGUCGAUGCUCCGACUGGCAGAUGCUCAACUGCACAGGCGGCGAUUCAGGCACCGAGCCGUACAUCGUCACACACAACCAGCUUCUUGCUCAUGCCACUGCUGUUAAAUUAUACAGAGACAAGUACAAGGCAUCUCAGAAAGGAGUAAUAGGAAUAACAUUGGUUUCUCAUUGGAUGGUGCCUUACUCGGAUGCAGAGCAUAAUCAAAAUUCAGCGAUAAGAGCCCUUGACUGGAUGUUGGGAUGGUUCUUGGACCCGAUAACGUAUGGUACCUAUCCCCGUAGCAUGCGCUCACUCGUUGGGAAAAGGCUUCCCAAGUUCACGAAGGAGCAAUCACUGUUGGUGAAAGGAUCGUUUGAUUUUCUCGGGUUGAACUACUACACUGCGAACUACGCAAGAUACAUGCAUUACUCGAAUGCUUUAAAUUCAAGCUACCUAACCGACGCUCGCACCAACCUCUCAACUGAACGCAACGGGAUUCCAAUUGGUCCAGAGGCUGCUUCAAGUUGGCUAUUUGUUUAUCCCAGUGGAAUACAAAGUCUUUUGUUGUACGUAAAGACUAAGUACCAAAAUCCACUUAUUUACAUAACUGAGAAUGGAAUCGAUGAGUUCAAUAACUCUACAUUACCACUGGAGCAACAAUUGGCUGACUAUAUGAGGAUCGAUUAUUAUUAUCGCCAUUUAUCGUACCUUCAUAAAGCGAUCAAGGACGGUGUCAACGUGAAGGGCUAUUUUGCAUGGUCGUUGCUAGACAAUUUUGAAUGGUCCUCGGGAUACACUGUCCGAUUUGGGAUCAACUAUGUCGACUACAAGAACGGCUUGAAGAGAUACCCGAAGCAGUCGGCGCUUUGGUUCAAGAGCUUUCUGGACAAGUUCUAAUUCGAUAAUACAUCGUACACAUAUGACAUAUGUUGCGAUGAUCUCAAUAAAUAAGGAUGUGAUCGCUUCUUGUGUAGUAAAUAAUUCUGAACAAGCCAUUACUUAUGUUGGUGAGUUUCGUCAGAAUAAAUUAUGCCAAUGUAUUCGCUAUUUCAGAGGAUUU